CGGCAGAGGGAGGCCUCGGGCUGGGCCGCGGGAAGGAGCGUCUUGGCUCGAGAUGGGCCCCGGCGGUGGGGAGUGGGGGAUCGUCCCCCAUGCCCCUGAGGGCCAGCCAGCUGGGCCUGUGCUGUGGCCCGACCUAGGCUGCCCUUCCGGAGGGUGUGGGCUCCAGCUAUGCUGCCCUGUCUGGAUGUCACAUAGCAGACAUGGUGACACACCCUGAUGGUGACAAAAUCCCUGACAUCCUGCAGCCACCCACCCGGGAAGGUGGGCCAAGCCAGCUGGGAGUGGCCCUGGAGGCUGGGCUCCGACCCUUGGGGGUGGCCUCUCCCACACCAAGGUUUUUGCCACCAGGUCUGUCACUGUGGUAACUGCUAUAGCAACCGCUGUAGUAACACAGUGGGAAAGGCCUUGGCAAAAAGCCCUCCUGGCGACACAGGCCUUUCCACAGGGGAGGCCCUGGGGCAGGCGUUCACGGGCGCAGUCCCCCCAGGGGCCAGUACGUCAUCGGCCGUGGGGUGUGGCGUGGUCUAGGGCACAGGCAGUGUGGCCAGGAGGUCCAGUCUGCUCAUGGUGGGGGACAGUGCCCAGACACGAGGCUGCAGGGGGUCUCUGGCUGCAGAGCAGGGUCUCUGGGUCUCCAGCCAUGACCCCCAGGGAUCCCGGGGGGAACGUGCUAGCGGCAUGCCAGUGGACGGCGUCCCCCGCACCCUCCUGGUGUUGGGAGGGCCGACAGGUGUGCACGCCUCUGAGUGAGUCGCUGAUUUGCGUGCUUCCCGGUCUGAUAGGCUUGGGCAGGAGCUGACUGGCAGGGACGUCCCUCUGGGGCUGUGCUUUGCUGCCACAGUGGGUUUGGGUCACGGGCCGUGCCUCUGUGGUUGCCAUCUUACCCCCUGGUGACGUGGCCCCCUUCAAAAUCGCAGGCACAGGGCGGUGUCUCGGCUCCGGGGUGGGGUUUUUGAUGGGCGCUGUGACGCUGUGGUCAUCAUAGCAACUAGCACCAUAGCCAUAGCUAUCCCACAGUGCCACAGGCCCGUUCUCAAACCCCCUGGCGGGGGCCGGGCUGAGGGAAAUGCGGGGGAGAGGCUGAGCUGUGGGCGGAGGCAGAGCCCCGGAGUCUGUGGGACGGGCUCAGGGCUGCAGUGUCCCGCAGGGAGCCUGAGCAUGGCCUCUCCCAUCGGGCCAUCAGCUCUGUCCUGAGGCUCCGAGCAGGGCUGUGCCCAGGUCUGGAACCCAACCCCGCUGUGAUGACCUCCUGUGUACACACAUUUUCCCCAAAGUGUGUGGGUUGCCUCGGGGCCAUCUGUUCUCCCAGGACCGGCGGGUGCCCCCCACUCAGGAAGGCCAGGAGCAAAGCAGGAGCCACUCGGGGUCCGCCUUGCACCUGACCAUCCCUGGUGCCAUGGUGAGCAGUGCCUGGUCCUUCUGGUUCCGGAAGGCCUGGAGCAGGUGACAGGGGCCCAGCAACCUUCCUCCCCGGCCCACAUGCCCCUGGCUGAGCGUCUGCUGCUUGCAGAGCCCCCUGCAGAGGACACUGGCGGCUCUUCCCGAGACAGGUCCCUCCUGAGCCCACACAGCUCCGGGCCAUGAAGCAUGGCGUAGUUCACCCCGCUUGAGGCUCUUGGCAGCGCCCACCUGGGCCCUGGGGUGCUCUGAGGGUGAUCACAGGUCAGCGCCCACCUGGGCCCUGAGUUCAUGGGUGGUGAUCAUGGGGGAGCACCCAUAGGGCCUUGGGGUGCACUGGUGGUGGUCACGCGGCCGUGGCCAUAACCAGGCCUGGGAUCGUGGUGUCUGUGGAACAGAGACUGCUCUGUGUCUGUCCCAACUCCCGACCACCAGGGUGUCAGCACGGUGCCAGCACAGCCUGCUGGGUACCCUUGCGGGCAGGGGCUGAAGACCGGUCCUUUGCUGGGACCCCUCCCCUGCCAGCCCAUGGCCCUGAGGGUCCCAGUCCUGGGGCUGCCCCUCUGCAACCUCUGCCUCGGUGGCCCUCAGGGUCCCCAUCCUAGAGGCCUUGGUGCUGCCUUUGCUCUGAGGUCUCAGCAGGUGGGCACUGCCCCGGGCCCUCCACUGGCUCCCCUGGGGGUGGUGCCAAGCCCAGACCCCCACCCCACAGGCAGCAGAAUCUGCAGGUCCAGGACUUGGUGCGGUUUCCAGCCCCAUGAGGAGGGGGGAUUUGAAAAUCCUUGACAGAGACACAUGGGAGGGGUAUUCUCAGGCUCUGACGCCCUGGGGGAGACGCCCUGGUUGGGAGUGGCUGCUCUGUGGGGGAUGCACCCCAGAGCCUGCACUGGGCGGGGAUUUGAACAGGGCCUGUGUCCAGUGGGUGCAGCUGCCAACACUGCUACGACACUCUCAGGGCCACAUGCACCCCUGGCUUGACAAGAGAGGGGGUGGGUCUGGCACCCCUGCCCCACCUCACACCUGCUGCAAGGUGGGGAGCAGCUUCCCCCGACACUGUCCUUCCCAGGCUCUGGGCGAGAGGUGCACUUCCUCCUCGGGGACCCUCGUGGCCGCUGCUGACCAGGGACACCUGCCUGACAAGGGAGACCGGAUGUGCAGGGACCCAGUGUUGGCAAAAUUUCCGUGAGCUAUCACGUUAAGAAGAAGGAAAGGGAUUGGAGCCAGACUGAGGCUUAGAACCCGGGAGACCGACUCUGACACUCUCGGGGCUGCCCUGCUUGUGAGACGUCAAGGCACAGCCGUAGACGUGUUGGAGACAAAGGAGCAUACGUCCCUAUGACGCCCUGGUGCUUCUCCCCGACUUCACCGAGGACCCCUAGUCUGGGGGGCAGACACCAGGGAGCAGCAAGCUGGGUGCUCCCUGGACUAGGGGUCCUCGGUGCCCACAGUGUGAAAUACGUGACCUCCACGGAGCUGGACGGAACGCGGCUCUCCCGGGAGCUACGUGGCUGGUGUCAGAAGGAAGGGAGACGGAUCUUUCCCAUCCCAUCGAGCGAGCGGCCUGUCCUCCUGCUGGGAGCUCCAGGGACUGUGUCAGGCAGAUGCCCACACGCACAGGAGGCGCGAGAGGCCCACACCAACUCAGAGAGAAUUUUGUGUUCGAUUUCCCCUUGUCCUGCCUUCCACCUAAAAUUCGUUCCAUUGGCUUUUCUGGGUCAGCUCGAGUGGGGAGAGGAGAGGGUGACAAGCGGCCUCCACGGUGGGCUCCUGGGGGUUCUCUGGGGUGGAGACCUUGGCUAAGGGAGGGGCUUUCCUUUCCCGGUGAAGAUCCUGGAUCCAGGGCUGUCCCUGGCCUUGAAGGCCGGGAUGAGCUACCAGUCGGGCCCCCUGCCUGGUUUGUGCCGGGGAUCGAGGAACCGGGCAGUCUGUCUUCUCGGAACGCCGUUUGGCGCUGGCCCUGUGUUGGUCUGCAGACCACGCUGUGUUUGCUUCCCCUUUGGGGGCACUGGAGCAGGAUUCAUUUGGCGGGCGGUUCUGUGUCCCUCUGGUCCUGGAGCAGCUGCCGCAGCCACGACAGGGUUUGUGGAUGUGGGGAGCUCAGCCCGCAGCUGCCUGAGCAGGAGUCCCCCUUGCAGGUAGUGCAACCUCAGUCAUCUCAGGGCUUUCUCCAGGCUCAUCCUCAGGUCCUCCUGAGUCAGUCAUCUUACAGUUUAGAGCCGGAAAGGACAUGCUAGGCAGGUAUGUCAAGGAUGUACGAACACACUCGGUACCUGCCGGGUCCUUCCAGCGUACCCCGGGCAGCCCGUGAGUGAGUUGGCCAGGUAGCCAAGGCACGCAGCAUCAGAGCUGGCCAGGGGAGAGCAGGUGGGGUGGGGGCGGAGCCUCGGGAGGGGGCGGAGUUCCGGCAUGGAUGCAGCAGAGGCAGGUGCAUGGACUGUCCACUGGCCAGUCGCUGCCUGUGGAGCACAGCCUUGUGGGCGACGGACGGUGAAGCAGGAGCCCAGGGGGCACCUCCAGCUUGAAGACCUGUGCUGUGUCCUGCUCCUGGAGGGGGCGUGGGGGGCGGGUGGUGGAAGGGCAGGGCUUUGGCUCCCUCCCGGGCCCGGUGCUAUGGAGAGCAGCGCGCAGGUUCUGGACCUUUGGCUGUGGCAGGAAGUUCAGGUGCAGCAGACGAGGGAUGCUCAGGGUGGAGGAAGGUGGUGACAAGAAUGUGGCAGGAGCCACUGUCUGGACACCAACCCAGCACCUGGGCGUCACCUCCUCUGGUCCCCACCACUCGUCCCAGGGGCACCAUUCCUGUUCUGAUGACUGAUUAUGGGCUGAGCACAGGCAGCGGGGGGCUCUGCACCAGAUCACCUGCCAGCUGCCGGCCGAGCCAGGUCUCCGGGGCCCAGAGCGCUGGGUGCGUGGCCUGCAGGAUGGUCCAGGACCUGUGAUCCCCCAACGAGGGUGUGACGGCCAGAGCAAAGCCUUAGGCCUCCCGAGGGGACCACCAUGGGGGUCAGGGGGGAGCUGGUCCCCCCAUCUCCUCCAGACCACUGUGCAUAGCCCCCGGCCCAGAGCGACGGCUCUUCUGGACCCCAGGGUGGGGCAGUGCGGCCUCCAAGGUGUGCUGGGCGGGUUGGCGUCCAUGAGGAAGGGCAGCGGAGCCCAGGAGGAGGUGCUGCAUCUGGGGGCCCCCUUGGGAACAUGUCCUCCACACUCUCACAUGUCCCAGCCUUUGGCCAGCAUCCCCUCCUGGUCCUCGGGGCUGCCCCCUCCUGGCGCCCUGGUGGACUUGGGUCCGCCUCUCGGGACCUUCCAUCCCUGAGCUUUGGAAACGCUUUGGGGAUUUUAAGCGCUUCGACCCCCAGGAAUUGUGGAGAAAAAAGGAGGGCGCCCAGCCCAGAGGUGAGUGACAAGCCUGCAGGGCCCAGAGGCCAUGCCCCCUCCUGGCCCGCCCCGUGAGAAACACGAGGAGCCAGAACCUUCCCCGGGGGUGUCUGAACCUUCAGUGAGCAGGCCAGACCCACGCAGGCCAGACACGCUGUCACGCGCACGCACACCCGAGCCCCGCACAGGGUGAGGCACUGGCUGCAGGAGGAACCAGAGUUCGCUGGAGGCUGAGAAGUGGGCGGGCUCUGCGCCCCACCCCCCAGGGGGGGCCCUCCCGGGAAUUGGGAGUUGGGGAGAUGCAGGACUUGGGAGGAACUGGAGCCCCCGCGGAGGACGGCAGGGCUGCAGCGCCACCACUCCCGCCCGCGGCAGGACACCCCUGUCCCUGGGCGCUGUCAGGAUGAGUCCUUGCAGCCGCUGGACGCUGCUUUAGGGUUCCGGGCGUCCCUGCGUCGUGGGCCUCUCCACUGGGCUCCUGCUGUGUGCAGCCCAUGGGACCGGACUUCCUGGACAGCCUGCAACUGGGCGCCCCCACCAGCUCACAGUCCCGGCUGGGGAGGGGCAGAGGCUAGCUCCCCGCUGAGGGCCACCCCACCCCGUAGGAGCCCCUCGUCAGAGACCCCGCAAGUGGGCGCCUUCCCCAGCGGUGCCCCCUGCCCUGCGCCCUGGCCUCGAGAGUCCAGAGGCUCGGCCUGUCCUGAGUGGGGUCUGCCCGCCCGGCACCCUCCUCCCUGGGCUCCACACCUGCCUUGGUGGGUCCCCCAGGAUGGCCCCCAGCUUCUCUCCCUGGGGUCACACAGCCCACCCUCAGGCUGCUCUCCUGCGCUCUUGGGUUUCUGUCUGGGGGGGCCACACGCCCAGUGACCUUCACUGCCCCCGGCACUGGGACUCACACAGGAGCCCAGGCAGCUGCCCGGCCAGGGCCACUGACCCCGAGGGCAAGGGCCAGCGGACAGCCUCAGGGUGCCCGGGCCCUCGUCAGGGUGGCCACUGACUUCAGCCUUGUCUGCCCCCCCGGGUGGAUGACAUCCUUCUUCCUACCGCCCUCAGGGCCUUGCAGGUCCCUCCUGGGCACGUCCACAGCUCUGGCCAGAACGAUUGCCCCUCCCGGCCCGAGCCUGGGGCCACACGCCCCAGUUCUCCUGCAUCCCAGGGAAGGUGCUGGGCAGAGGCCACUUCCUGGAGCAGGCCUAGUAUAGCAGCCUCCUCCACAUCAGGAAGAGGGGCGCUCCCUCUCCCGAGACACCGGACCCCACAGUCCCAGCUCGCAGGGCCAGCCCACAUCCCAGAGCACACUGCUCUGGGGCCGGACCGUGGCCCGGUCUCCAGGGCCUGCGGCAGCCCUGCAGGGGCUGUGCUGGUCUGGCGCCCUGGGCAGGGCCGCGCCCCAAUCGGGCAGCUCUGAGCGAGAGGCAUUCUGCUCCUCGGGCUUCCCGCCUGCCCGGACCCCGGGCCUAGGAAGCUCGCUGCCAAAUGGUAAUAAGGGCUGCAGCUUAGUUUCUGAGGGGAGCCCGGGCCCCCGGGGGACAGGUGAGCGGUCUCGGAACCCAGAGCAAGCUGUCUGGCAGCCUGACCAGAAAGGAAGGCAUCCGAUGGGGGGGCAGGGGUGGGGGGCGGCCUCGUGGCCUGAGAGGAGGGCCUCGGUUGGGAGGGACUUGUGAUUCACCUGCCCUCAGACCAAAGCUCUGACGACCCGCUUCCUUAAAGGAGACCCGCCUCGAUGAAGAUCCUCUGAAGGCGACGCCCUGUUUAGAAGCCCCCCACCCAGGUCUCCCGCCUGCGAACCAUGCCGACUCCUCGCGGAGGGCAGAGCCCCCACCCCCACCCUCAUGAGGCUCAGACAGGCCCCCCGAGGUUCCCUUUUCCCUCUGCGCAGGGUCAGCCCUGGAGCCCCUGCGGACUCUCCCAGGGCAGGUGUCUCCCCGGGUCCCUCACCGUGAACACCCCGGUCUCGCCAGAAAAAAGGAGGGGGGCUCCAGGGGAAUCCCACCUGCCGAAGAGCGUCAGAUCUGAAAGCCCGAAAGCCCUGUGCAGACCCGGCCAGCUCCACUCUCCUCCUGCAGGGGCCGCCAGCCCCUCGACUCCUGCUGCCACAGGGCGGACAGAUGGACACUGACCUCUGCUCAGGUCCACUCUCCGUCCCCCGGCCCCCAGACGUGCAUGCUCCCUUCUCUUCUGGCAGACGGACCAAAUCAGGGCCACCUGUCUAGAUGGUCAACCCCCCUUUUCCCAGCGUUUACGAGGAAGACAUAGGAUUUCUCUUCAUUCCUGAGAAACGGGUAGCCCUUUUCCUGAAACGUGCAUUUGAAAAGGAGGGCGGAGGUAAGGGUUCCAGAAGGCCGGGUAGAGGGUGGGCACCUCCAAUGGCAGAGGCAAGGGCCUCCUGGGAUGAGCUGGUUCCCUGAAGGCCGGAAAAAAUCAUUUCCCUCAAUACCUACCAGCCUCUCCCUGUUGUGACAGAUCAUGAAGCCAAGUCGAGGCAGACCUGCAAUGGGGCUUGUGGGCCCUGCCUCAUUUCUGCCGUUUUGUGGGAUGUCUGUGGAAGCCAGGCUUAUAAAAUGGACUGUAAGCCUGGCCGGUCCUGCCCUGGUCUCGGGGUCCAGAUGUGUGAGCUUCCUUGGAGCCGCCACCUGUUGGGCUUGAAAAGGGGCCGGGCUUCAGAAGGUUCUGCGUGACUUCCCUGAGCUCAUUAUUACGGAGACGACUGGGGUCCUCUUUCUCACGCCCUCAUGAGGCGGGUCUCGCCCGGGCCAGGGCCCAGAUUCCGGCCUGCUCUUCGCGGGUGCAGCCAGACCCCUUUCAAGACCACAUGGCUGUCUUGCCAGGUCAAGUCAAAGGCUGUGUACGGUAAGGGCCCGAACUUCUCUGAUCAAAGUGGCAGCGUCCUGGCUGCAGGAGCCUCGUUUGUUCCGGAUGUGACAGAGCGAGCAGACAUGGGCACCGGAGCCCGGGCCCCGAGAGCGCCCCAGGCUCCACUGUCAAAUUCCCAAAGGGGGAGCGCCGUGGGGCCCGGCUCAUGGUGAUGCGCCCUCCGUGACCUGGUGCAGGGAGGGGAACGAGGGCUCCUCUCUGGGGACGCAGGUGGGACCUGAAGUGCUGAGGCUCAGUGCCGGAGGCUGGUGAGAUCGAGGACGGGUAGGCUCAUCUAGACUAGCUGGCGGGAAGGGGUGGGUGGGGUGGGGGGCACCAGGCGAUAGAGUAGGAGAGAGACACAUACAGCGGGAGUCCCUCACACCUAGAUUUUGGCUGAGGGCCCUAGAGCCUUGGACAUGGGGAACCUCCGACCAUUUUCCACGUCAGCGUGUCUGGGUCAGAUUGCUUCCAGCUGUUGAGAAUACAGCCAAGGCGAGAGGCUGCAGGGGGCUCCCGGGAUGUACCAGAACCCAUUCUUAGCCUCCACGCAGUAGAAUAGGGGUACUCAGAGCCACCGACUGGCCAAAGGUGUGCCUUAGUGUCUCAGCGACGUCUCCGAGGCACUGAGGCGCAAAGCUGCAACCGUCUCCACAGUCGUGUCUGGCUUGGGGGAGGUGGCCAGAGAAGCGGGGACCUGUGCCACUAGGGCACCACGGGAAUUCCCAGGAACCAGCUGAGGCUGACUCGCUUUUCGCAGAGCCCCUGGGAUGUGCCUUAUGGUCCUACUGGGGAGGCGGUGGCCAGCGACAAGGGACUCUGUGUUUGCCUUGAGCACUAAGUGCCUCUUGUUGCAAAGAACUUAUCUUGAUGGGGGCAGAUGCUCUCAUAGCCUGGUCCCUUCUCUGUCCCCCUUGUCCUCUCACAGGUGUCUUCGAGGGGCAGGCAGCCCUGAGGACUCUUAACUGCCUGCACGGUACGAGCUGUCCCGGUCCGCAGCUGGGAGGGAAAAAGAAAGGAGGACGCCUCACCCAUCAGGUGGCCGGUACUAAGGUGCAGUGCUUGGUGGGGCCUUCGGAGCACACCACGUCGUAACCUGGCCCGAGUUCCCCAGCUGCUUCCCCAGCUACUCACCUGUUCCCAGAGGGUCGCAGAAAGAGAGAAGGGAGAGGGAGGGGGAGAGACCCCCAGUAAGUCCCCGUGCAGGACCGAAAUGUCUCGGUCCAUGGGCACAGUUUGGAAAGACAAUUUUCCAGACUCGUGGCGAGGGGAAGACAAAGGACAGGUUGCCGGCAGAGACGCGCUUGGUGCAGAGGGACGACCUCCUGAUCUUCGGGGGGACCUGGCCGCAGGGGCGUUGGUGGGCCUGUUGACCGUGUCGCAGUCACUCGGCAAGUCUUCGCUGGCCAGCAGGAGGACUCUACAUGCUGCACACAGACAGGCCUCUGCUUCCCUCUCCCUUCGGGUUUCCACACUCGCGACCCCGGACACAGCCCUGCCGCCUGCCCCCAGUCAGGCACCACUGAGUGCAUGUCCAGGCCCCGCCUGCCUCGCCCUGUGUCUGUUACCUAAUCCCCUCAGGUGACCCGCCCGGGAGUAGGUGCCCACAGCCCCAGGCUCCCUUUGUUCCCAGUCAGCAUCUCCUUGGAAAGCAGUGGCUGCAGCUAGAGGCUCAGGCCUGGCUUCUCUGGGGUCCUCCUUUUGUCCGUUCUUCUUGACAGAUGUCCCUGAGUAGGGACACAAACCCGGCAGAAGGCCAGGUCACCCUGAAGGAAGCCCUCUGGCUGCUUGGGUUCUGGGCAGUGCUGGCCUCAGUCCAGUGCUCUCAAGGCCGCCCCUCGUGGCGUUACAUCUCCUCAGAGGUGGUGAUUCCCAGGAAGGAGUUACACCAUGGCAAGGGCGUUCAGAUGCCAGGCUGGCUCUCCUACAGCCUGCAUUUUGGGGGCCAGAGGCAUAUUAUCCACAUGCGGCCCAAGAAAAUCUUUUGGCCUGGACACCUGCUCGUGAUGACUCAGGAUGACCAAGGAGCCUUGCAGAUGGACUACCCCUUCAUCCCUUCCGACUGUUACCACCUCGGCUACUUGGAGGAGAUUCCUUUCUCCAGGGUCACGGUGGACACAUGCUAUGGGGGUCUCCGAGGCUUUAUGAAGUUAGAUGACUUAACCUACGAAAUCAACCCCAUGAGGGAGUCUCAAAGGUUUGAACACGUCGUUUCUCAGAUAGUAGCAGAUGCCAAUGCAGUGGGACCUAUGUAUACACUGGGCUCCAAAGAGGAAGAAGACGCCCUGUUCUCUCUAGAAGAUGCCAGUGCAGCCCCCAGGAUCGCUAGUAAGUCCUAUGCAUCUCAUAGAGCAAAACUGAAAGGAUUUCUUCAUUGUACUCGGGAAAUGCAUAAUUCCCUAGGAAAUCUGUCAAACUCUAUUACCUACCUGAUAGAUUUAGGUAGUAUAAUGGACUCGAUGAUUCUAACUCUUGAUACAAGGUACUAUAUUAGCAGCCUGCUUGUUUAUAAUAACCGUGACCCAGUCAACACAGGCGAUCUUGCAGAGGGAGGUGCAUACUACCAGUAUUAUCAGAGCACUCUGUAUCCAAGUCUUGAUCCACACACAGCCCUUAUCCUGAAUAGACAUCAUCCAAGAGACAAUCAAUAUGAGGUGCAAAUAUACGGGGUGUGCGGCCGCCGUAACCUCCUCCCAGUUGGUCACUUGGGCAGACAUAAAAUAAUGGUAGGUGUCGUUGCAUCUGCCAUUACUGGGAGGUCUAUAGGUCUGUAUUAUGACAGUAUGAGCUGCAUUUGCCAGAGAAGGUCCGUCUGCCUUAUGUUCUACUCUCCUUCAUUAACAGACACCUUCAGUAACUGUUCCUUUGUACACAUCCAACAUGUAUAUUUUUAUUCUGGUAAGAAGUGCAUGUUUCAGACUGCAUCUGUGUAUCACAACAGAAGCCUGGCAAACGAUCGUUGUGGAGAUAAGAAGGUGGACCCUGGGGAGACCUGCGACUGUGGCUCCAUUAAGGAGUGUUACAGCAACCCCUGCUGUACCGAUGAAUGUCGGCUUACCCCCGGAAGUUCUUGUAGUGUAGACCUGUGCUGUUCAAACUGCAACUAUUCCCGCCCUGGGACACUCUGCAGGCCAACCCAAAAUAUAUGCGACCUUCCCGAGUACUGCACUGGUACAGAAAGGUUUUGUCCUGGUGAUGUUUAUUUGCAAGAUGGAACCCCGUGCUCCGAGGAGGGCUAUUGCUAUCAUGGAAAUUGCACGGACCGCUCCAUGCAUUGCAAAGAGAUCUUUGGCAGAAAUGCUGUGAACGCUGCAAAUGAGUGCUAUUCUAUCAACAAAAGGGGCCAUCGGUAUGGACACUGUAGAAAACGACCUGAGGCUGUCGACUUUACUGCUUGCAGUGAUGCUGAUGUACUGUGUGGAAGGUUGCAAUGUACCAAUGUCACUCACCUUCCAGUGUUGCAAGAGCAUGUUGGAUUUCAUCAGUCUGUGAUAUCAAGUGAGUUGUGCUUUGGGGUGGACGUGCACCGUGGGACUGAAACAAAUGAUGUUGGUCAUGUGAGAACUGGCACCCUCUGCAGGCCUCGAGUGUUUUGUUCAAAUACCUACUGCAACGGCACUUUGACUGAUCUGAGGUAUGACUGUAUCCCCGAGAAGUGCAGUUAUAGAGGGAUUUGCAACAAUAGAAGGAACUGCCACUGCCACAUAGGCUGGGAUCCCCCAUAUUGCGUACAGGAAGGUGUUGGAGGAAGCGUGGACAGCGGACCGCCGCAAGAACGAAAGAGGUCGUUAAAACAAACCCGAGCGCCAAUCAUCUAUUUGAGACUGCUCUUCGGUCGCCUUUAUGCCUUCAUAGCUGCGAUGCUCUUUGGUGUGGCCACAAACAUAAAAUCUAUCAAGACCACCACAGUUAAGGAAGUAACAGUGAAUGCUUAGAUAUCCUGAACCAGCCUCCUGACCCUUGUUCAACUACAGGCAAUGUAGAAGGAACAUGUGUGAGAAAAUCAGGAAUGAGAUGCCACAGCUGAAGUUCACUUCCUAGAAGUCUGUGGAGCAGGGCUGGGGGCUUAUACCGUGAGUGGUCAGAAUUCUCACACCAGGUCUCUUUGAGAAGCUGCUUCCCGGCAUGCUGAAAUAAAACCUAAGAACACA